CGCUGACUGGGUGCUGCUGACUAUUAAUAUUCACCUUGUGAAACUAUCCACAGUCAGUAUAUGCGGUCAGCGUUGUGCACAAAGACACGGCCACUCAGCGAUACUUUUCCCAAACUGAAAUCCCCUUCAGGGGAGGGAGAGAGAGAGAGAGAGAGACGGGGAGCGAGAGGGGACUGCAGAACACACAGGGUCUGGAUGAAUAACCAUGGCAACAGCAGCAGCAGCAGGAGAAGCGAUGAUAUAAACAUUUACAUCCGCGCAUCCGUCCGCAAACAGCAAUUCACUCCAGUAGAGGCUUGGACCAGAAACCCUCUGCGGAUAUCGCUCCACAUCAGCGCUAAGGUGAUGAGUGGGAUCAUAUCAUGUCUGAAGUACAGGGAACAGUGGAGUUUUCUCUAGAGUUGCACAAGUUUCACAAUGUGGAUCUCUUUCAAAGGGGGUUCUACCAGAUACGAGCAGGGCUGAAGGUCUCACCUCGAGUGCCCCACAGGGUCAUAGCAACAACACAAGACAAUGCAGGAGAGUGCAGCUUCAGCUCUGCGGGGGUUUACGACGGCACCGUGUUCAGCCGGAUAUUUCAGAUCCUGUACAGAAACGAGGAGAUUGCGGUGAAUGACUGUAUGAUCUUCAAAGUCCACCUGCUAUUGGACGGAGAACGGGUGGAGGAGGCCUUGAGUGAGGUGGAUUUUCAGUUGAAGCUGGAUCUUCAUUUCACUGACAAUGAGCAGCAGUUGGCUGAUAUAGCGACUGUCCCCUUGAUCAGUAGUCGGACCCUCAGCCUCCAUUUCCACCCGCGAAGAGGUCUCCACCACCACGUCCCUGUCAUGUUCGACUAUUUCCACCUGUCAGUCAUUUCUGUCUCCAUCCACGCUUCACUGGUUGCCUUACAUCAGCCCCUGCUCAGCUUUGCCCGUACAGGAAAGGGCUCCUGGCUUGGGAAGGGCUCGCCAGAGAGCACGAACGACCCGUCCGCCAUGUCUGUAGAGAACCUCAUGUUCGGCGCUGGCUACUGCAAACCUGUCAUCUCUGAGGGAAGUUUUUAUGUGCCCAGUGAAAACUGCCUGCAGAGAGCUCAUACGUGGCACCGGCGACUCUGUCGCCUCCUGUUGGUGGCACACAGAGGCCUGCACACGUACUACACAGCACUCAUGAAGGAGAUCCCACAGCUGCAGCAGAUUCCUCUGGAAUCAGAUGUGUCGCCUGUAGAAGAAACGCUAAAUCAGCUGACAAUAGAGCUACAGCUGCAAGAAGGCCACGAGAAGGUGGCGGAGCAGAUCAGCAGGGACGUAAGCGAGCUCUGCUUCCAGCUGGCUGCUCUGUGGAGCUGCUUCCUGGAGGCCGCUGUGUUCAACCCCCACAUCCUGUCCUAUCUGGCCCAGGAGCACCACACGCUCAGGGUCAGGAGGUUCUCUGAGGCAUACUUUUUCACCGAGCACCACAAAGAGAUAUCUCUGACAUUUCAAGAGGAAUUAAUCAAUAGACACAGCCAGAUAGCUGCAGAAGUACGGAGCUCAGACUACUUGACCAAAAUGCCUCCUUUACCUGUUGAGUGCCUGGACAUCGAUGGAGACUGGAACAGCCUGCCUAUCAUCUUUGAGGACAGAUACGUGGAGUCUCCUCAAACACAGUACACAUCACAUGUGCCAAUGCCUGCAACUGCUGAUGAACAAACCAACUUAGAUCUUGCCAAGAGGAUUCUCGAAAGCAGCCAAGAAGCCGUAUCACCAGCAGUACCCAAUGACUCUCUGGGUAGUGAAUGCACGGACCUGCCCUUGUAUGUCUCGCUCACAGCAGACCAGAAUAAGAGCGACACCAGAUGUACCCAGAUCAUCAUUCCUACUGAGGGCAGAACUGAAUUUUUCGCAGCAGUGAAGGAAAACUUGACGGAAGCAGCAGAAAAUCACAACCAAAAUAAGGAGAGCUAUAGUUCAGGAGAGAUCUACGUUGCAAAUAAGUCAUGUGAUCCUUGUAGAGGAGAGGCAAUUUUGGCUCCCUCCUCAAGCUUUAGUCCCCUCACAGAUUCUGCAGACAACAGUGACAAGUCUUCUCAUCCUGUAACAGAAGUAAUUGCCCAACUUUGUGAUGCCACAAACCACAGCAAAGCAAUAGAGAAUGAAAACACUGAAGAGCAGCCUGACAUUGCCAUGCCUUUAAAUCACUCAGUGGAUGAUGAAAGUGAGGAUGUCCCUCCUAUCAGUGUACCCGCUGGCUGUCCAGUAAUACCACUCUUUCCGGGUGAGCUCAGAAAAGAGACGACUCAUCGCGGAGGUUUGGUCGGCACCAAGGUCAUGAAGCGCUCGUCCUCUGUUAUUUCAGACUCUGGUAUCGAGAGUGAGCCCAGCUCUGUAGCGUGGCCGGUGGAGGCCGCACUGCGAGGACGACCCCCUCUGGACUUUUCCAGCGAACGGGAGAUCCCACAGCAAAUAGUGUUAAAUCAUCCAGUGCACCGCAGCUAUCUGGAAGGGCUGCAGAUGGAGAGCAACGGCAGCCUUCCAAGUGGAGGUAUACAGGCUUCACUUACAUCAAUUAGCUCUCUGCCCUAUGAGGAGGAUCAGCAUCAGAGGCAGCUAAGCAAGCUGACCAAGUCUGUUUCUGCGCCGCAGAUAAGUAGCCCAGAAGAUGUAGAGGAUGGCCAUAUGCUGCUCAACCAGGAAACAGAUUGCAAGAGCUUAGUACAACAUGAAGAUUCAUGUAGGACAAACUGUUCUUUGUACAGCAACCUGGAUUCUGGACAGUCAGAAUUAUCACCAUUAGACAUGAGUUCAUCAUCAAAUCCUGGCCAUAUUGUCAAGGAGAAUGGGACCUCUGAAAAGUCAAACUCUCCACAGUACCUGUCAGAGACAUACAGGAUAAAGUCAGCGUCAAGCAGUGUUUCUGAAGUAUUACUUUUACAAGAGUCUGCAGAAAGCCCUCAUGUCAAGGAAAGUGCUGUUAUUGGCAGCCAGAGGGAGAAUACGAACAAUCAAACACACAUCAGUGGAGUAACCUCAGUGAAGAAUAUCUUUGUCGUUGAAUCAGAAACAGUGCCCUGCAGCUGUGGAAACAAACCAUGUGUGCAUGAAAGUGCAACAGAUCAGGAGAGGAUUAACACGGGAGAUGAGUGCCAAAGUUUCCAUCAGACCCAACUAUUCGGGCCUGAGAAACAUGAAUGUCUAGAUCCCUCACAGAUACUUAUAAAACCUUCAUGCUUCAGUGAUCUGCCCAACAGUAACAGCACCACUCAGAGGCCAAGUGACCCCUUGGGUGUGACAAACAGAGAGAUAGUGUCACCUGCUGAUGUAAAUGGAGUAUCGAGCUGUGAGAAAGCACCUUUGGACUGCCAAUCGAAGGCCACCAAGAUCCCUAACUCAGGACUAGCCUUUGUGAACAAGAAGAUGGUGGAGGUGGUGAACAUGUCAGUCUCCUGUGCCCCAACCUGCCUCCCAUUUUCAUCCGUCCUGAGAGACUCUCCAUCUAUCAGUGGAAUGUCCACUCGUCAGACUACCUCACCUAUCACCCAUCAGCCUCUGGGCUCCUUCGGUAUCAUCUCCUCAUCUUCACUCAGUCCCCUGAACAUGGAUGAAGAGACAAAUGAACGAAUGCUGAAUUUCUACAAAGCCAAAGAGGAGCUGUUCAAAGAGUUGAGCUUCCAGGCCAGCUUGUACAGCGACCUCCCGCUCCUGGCAUCAGAUCUCCCCUACUUCCCUCCUGAAGAGGAUGAUGAGGAGUUUGAUGACGGCAUACACCUGGUGGUGUGCGUCCAUGGGCUUGAUGGAAACAGUGCUGACCUUCGUCUUGUGAAGACUUUCAUAGAGCUGGGAUUGCCAGGAUCCAGGCUCGACUUCCUCAUGUCUGAGAGGAACCAGGCCGACACGUUUGCAGACUUCGACGCCAUGACGGACAGGCUGCUGGAUGAAAUCAUUCAGCACAUCCAGCUCUACAAUCUCACCAUAGGCAGGAUCAGCUUCAUCGGCCACUCUCUGGGGAACAUCAUCAUCCGCUCGGUGCUGACGAGGCCUCGCUUCCGCUGCUAUUUGCCCAAACUGCACACUUUCCUCUCGUUGUCAGGGCCACACUUGGGAACGCUGUACAACAACAGCACACUGGUCAGCACAGGUUUGUGGUUAAUGCAGAAGCUGAAAAAAUCCGGAUCGUUGCUGCAGCUCACCUUCAGAGAUCACGUUGAUCCACGGAAAACGUUCCUCUAUCUCCUGAGUCAGAAACCAGGGCUCCAGUUCUUCAAGAACGUUGUGCUAGUGGCGUCUCCGCAGGACCGCUACGUUCCUUUUCACUCUGCCAGAAUAGAGAUGUGCAAAACUGCUCUCAAAGAUAGAACCACAGGGCCCGUGUACACCGAGAUGAUCAACAACCUCCUGCAGCCACUCGUAGAAGCUAAAGAGUGCCGCCUGAUCCGCCAGAAUGUGUUCCACGCUCUACCCAACACAGCCAACACGCUGAUCGGCCGCGCCGCCCACAUCGCCGUCUUGGACUCUGAGCUAUUCCUGGAGAAGUUCUUCUUAGUGGCAGGACUCAACUACUUCAAGUAAAGGUGCUCCUACUGCAGGCUUGCUGGACCGAUCUGAAUGGUGGAUAAAGGAGUAUAAAGGAAGGGGAUGAGGUCAUUUUACCCUGUACAAUAGAUGUAAUGUAUAUAUUUCCUGGUAUCCAAGAGGCCAGAUUUGUAUAUCCCAUUUGUUAGGAUGGUUAGCAGCUGUUAAUAAAGGAUUGGUAUAUUGUGACUGUUUAAACCGCUAACUCAGAAGUCUGAGUUUGAUGUGUAGCCAGUCAAAGCAAAACAUCUGACAUCGAUGACAGGAUUGAUUGUAGAUGUUUUGUCGGCCUUAUGAAUAACCUCUCAGCCAGAACACUAACAGAUGCUAAUUGUGGUUUAAAGCAUUUACUUUCUUUCCCUUUAGAGUUGGUUUAGAGCCUUUGCUAUCGCUGGUUGAUUGAAUUCUUCUUUAAGGGUUACACUAAUGAUAGUCUUACACUAUCCUUACAAGGCAAUAGAUGCAUAGCAUUUAUGUCCUUGAUUGUACAUGAAGUAUUUUGUUGUACGAAACAUAGAUGUUCAUUUAUACAGAAAUGACUAUAUUGUUUAAAAUUAUUUAUUUUUUACCUGCUUAUGUUAUUUACAGUGUAAGUAGUCCGUCUACAUUUAAGUCUCUGUGUGUAAUUAUCAUCAAAUGUGUCAAAUGAAAAGUAAAAAGUGUGUUGUCUGUAUGUUUAUCUGUACAUCUCAAAAAAUCUUGCUGUCCAUGACUAGCUAAGUGUUAGGCUACAACAAACGUUUGCAUAGAAGUGUGCAGCAAAGUAUAUUUGAUAAGAAAUGAUCCUACCUGCUGUGAUAGCAUUUACUUUGUAAUUGUGUUUUUGUACUGACUUAGUAACAGAUUAACAAGAUUCAGGAUUGGACCAUUUGCUAAGCCCCACCUCCCCUUAGUUACCAUCGUGCCACCUGUCGAGCUUUUCAGCCUCUUAAGGCCCUUAUGCAAUCUAGAAUGAUACCCCUCCAACCUGCAAAAAUGUUUACAUUACUAAAAUGUGAUGUCAGACCUAAGUAGACAAAAGCAGACCUGUCACUGCUCCUGGAUUUUUCAGCGUUAGCUAGCUAACCAAUCAAGCUAAUCUCAGCUACUUGACUAUCAUACCUCUGUUUGACUUUGUUGCCUGCAAUUUUUCCUUUUUUAAGCUGAAUUUAGACAUAACAUAGCUUUAUUUGCAUGAUUUUUAUGACGUUUGCAUGACGUUUUGGGUUAUGUUGGUUGGGGAAGCCAACAUCCCAAAAUGUGUUAAACAGCGCACAAAGGAAAAAGUAGUACAAGUUGUGAUUAGACGUUUUUAUACUGAUUCUGUAGACAUUUGACCACCAACCAUUCAUCACCCAUUUUAGACAUGUGCCAAAAAUGGUGACAAGAUCAGUUGAAGACUAGACACAAAAUCUUAGCGACAGUCUGACCAUUACUUUGAAGGUGAGCUUUCUCCCUUUCUGGUUUGUUUUAUAUCUGCUUGGCUAAUAGUGCCGGUAACAGUGUUUGCUGACAAAUCUGAAGAACUACAGGAAACAUUUGCUGCCAGCCAGUCAAGGCAUACAUAUGUUUCCUUAGCAACAGGUUGUUGUAUCAUGUCCAUUAUGGCAGACAAAUUUUAGGCAAUGUGUGCAUGGCAUUAUAUAAAAAGUGAAUGUGAAUUUGGCAUUUGGGAUUUUUGGAACAAGAAGUGUAUAUGUAGAUUCAUGAUGUUUUUGGACUUCUUAUAUGGUGUGUUUGAAAUAAAUAACUGCACAGCCAUAGUAUUUGUCAAAUAAUGCAAAAAAAAGAAAAAAAAGAAAAAAGAAAUCAGCUCCAAAUAAAAGAUACUGUAUGUGGCUUUAAACAUGCAUUUCUUCUAAUGACCAGAAGGGGGCGACUCCUCUUGUGUCAAAAAGAACUUCUAUAGUCAAUGGAAAAAUUGUCCUUGGCUCUUCUGAUCUCUUUUAUGGUGUCACAGUGCAUGUUUGGUAAAUUCUGGUCCUUAGUAGGUUAGUAGGUUAUAAAAAAAUAGUAAAAGGGUAAAAGCCCUUAGGCCAGGGCUGCUGUGUGGUUGACAAGUGGCUGCUGCUUGUGAUUGCAGUGCAUUCUGGUUCUCCGUCAGUUUCCCCUCUCACAUCCGGUUUAAAAACUCCAAAGUAGCGACAGUGAAAAUGUUCAGCCCUCAGCACAGUACAGCACAUUUUCUUCCAAAAGGUAACGUCAUAUUUAUCUAAAGGCAAUCUACAACUUCUUAUAUGUCACAACCUAUAACACAAAUUAUUCAUCUACUUUUGCCCGGACAUCUUUGGAUGUGGAAGUUGAUAGGUUACAAUGAUGUAAGAUGUAAAUGCAUACAGCUGCAGCUGAUGGUAGCACCCAACAUUAUCAUACCCUCCCAUACUUUUGUGCCUACUUUUGGUUUUGGAACAAGCCACGGGCAGCGUUUAGUUCUGUUGCUUCACUGGUUUGAACCCCAGCUGGGAAUUUUCUGUGUUGAGCUUUCGUGUUCUCCCUGUGAAUGAGCAGGUUUUCCUCGGGGUAAUCUUCCUCCACAGUCUAAAGUCUAAAUUGGCCAUGCAUGUGAUGUAUAGAUAAAAUAUUUAAACUGCAUCGAGUAAAGCACUCUAUGAAUGUAUGUUUAAGUGUGGCUUGGAGUCAAAAGCACUUUGAUUUAUCAACAAAGCUAGAAAAGCACUGUAUAAAUGCCCACACACUUAAACAUGCAGAAAUCCAUAGCUUGACAGGCUUCUUGUGCCUAAACGAGUUGCUACGAUGGAGCGAUAGCUAACCGGGGGAGAGGUUUAGCAAACAAUUUUUCCUUUGACGUGAUGAAUAUUUAACAAUCUAACAAUCAUGAAGCAAUUUUAUGGAAUUACUGCUAUAAAAUAUAAAAUUAUAUACAACUACUAGUAGUUGUAGCCUCUAGUUAAUCAGUUCUUUUGAUAAUGCGUCUUGAAUCUCGAAUGGCAGGCGGUAAACAGGCUUGCUGGUAUAAUCAACGGCAGAUUUGAUGUGCAUGCAUGUGACAAAGAUUUGCCAUUCAUGACUGUACGAUACAAUAGACUAUUGUGGUCUAAUGAGGAUCUAUUUUCUAAUUAGCCAUGUAAAGCUGUAGAUUAAAACCCUUUGAAAUGCAUUGCUUUUUUUUUUUAAAUUGGUGUAAAUCAGGGUGUCAUUGCUUUUGUUAUCCUGGAUGAUUCUGUGUAAUACUGACACACUGCCAAGAUUCUCCCCCGCACACUGUCUACGCAAUGUGAUGCAUGAUGAUAGCAGGGAACCGCUGUGCAAGCAGUCGAAUGUUCUCUUGAACAUGUAACAUGCCGUGUUGUGAUCUCAUCAGCUUUUCCCACAUCCUUGGCUGUCAGAUGCAAAGUGUUGUUUUCUAGCAUCCUGGCGAGGAUUGUUUCCUCACCGCCGUGCUGUUCAUCAGACAGUGUUUACAUAUUCUGAUAUUAGAGAACUGUCACACACGUCUCAUUUCCAGCUGUAGUUAUGCGUCUGCUGCAUAUGUAGUUAUAUACAGACUGAGAGAUAUAUUUUAACCUUUGCACUGGUUUGAAGUGCACUUUAUUGAAAACCUUGGAUCAACUUCCACUAGCUUUACAAACUACAAACAGCUAUUUUUCUUUCUUUUUUAGAUCUGAAGGUCACGUCCUGUUCUCAUUGUAAAAACUAACCUCACCUGUCUGUCUUGGCUGUACAAGCAUUGUUUUUUGUUCAAAGCGUGCUGUCUCAAAGAACGACCGGUGACACGGCAAAGUGCUUUUUUUCCCCGUGUGGAAGCUGCUGCUCUGUCACUGUGAUCGACUCUAACCAAAUGGGUUCCUUAAGGACGACGGUUCUCAAAGACCCGCUAAGCAAAGCUGCGCAAGCAGUCUGCUGGAGCUGCCGUGUAUCAUGCACCAAAAACACACAUACUGUACAUGGCUGAGGCUUAAGCUUGUUUGCUUUUCCUUUGUGUGUGUUUACUCAAAGGAGUCGGCAGGAAUCAAUGGAGGGGAAAAGUGAUGGAGAGGUAUUGAGAUUGACCCCUUCAAGGGCAAACAGAGGUAUGAAAUUGCUUUAUGAGAUGGAUGGCUGUCCUGCAAAAGGUUUCAUUUGAAGGUUUCAUCAGAAAGAAUUGUAUUUACGUCACUCUUAGCUCUCUUUUUUACCAAAUAUUUAUUGGCUGUUAUCUGUACAUUUAUGUUGUUGAGUAAAUUCUAUAAACCCAACACUUGACUGACUUGAACCAUUUUGUAUUUGACUUUUUAGAGAGCCUUGUUUAUGUGUAGCACAUGGAGGUGUGUAUGGAAACUGUGUUAUAUGUCUGUGAAAGCUCAUCUGUCUUCGCUGUCCCUAUUAUUUUGGACCCUCCAUUUGUUUGAUCUGAUUAUAAAAAUGUUUCAUGUCCCUCAAAGAAUCAUUAAUUUAUUUCAUUCUGCAUUUCUUUUGCUGAAUGUACAACAUGUAAAGUAUAAAACAAAUACUACUUCAUCUGUGCCAAUACUACUAUAAUAUUUUUCUAUGUUGCUGACUGUACUGUACGCAUUCCUUAGUAGCUUGUGUUCAAUGUAGAAAUAGAAAUAUAAUUAUAUGCAGUAUAUAGCAUAAUAUUGUUAUAACAUAUAUGAAAAAAAAUAAAUGACAAAUGUUCUUUUGCAUAA